AUCCCAAUAUAUUUUAAUCAAUAAUUAAACCCAACGACAGCCAAUCACAAGUGGAUAAUCCAUUGACACAAUUAUAACGUGUCACAUGCAAUUUUCCAAAUCUUAUAUACAAAUAUAUUGGUUUUCGAUUGCGACACUAAUUGCCCAUUUCUUCCCAUCUCUUGCUCCCUAAUUCCACCCACUCAUGGCGGAGAGCCGCCACCUCCUCCAUCUACUUUUACCCCCCUCCGCCGCCGCCGAAUCCCCAGCGCCGCUCGACGACGGCGACCUCAAGCUCAUCUCAUCGAAUUCCGGCAUCGUUUUCCGACUAUUUUUGGUGGCGUUUAUCGGCGUCGUCUCUGUAUGGGCAAACCACGAAGCCUCCAAAGGCUACGCCAUAACUGUAAUCAACGAAUCCACCAACACAUUCCUCGCAACCAGAUUCAAAGUCUUCUACGCAUCCAACGACGAAGCCACGCGCGCGGCGAUCAAGGCGAGUAGCAUCAUCGAGAGGUUCCUCUUCCCGGAUUCCGACGGUGAAAAAAAUCAUUCCACCAAAAAGGUAAUUAAGAGCGUCGUUAUCAGAUUAGUCGAUCGCGAUCUGACCGGCGACGUCGCCGUCGAAACGGAUAGCAGCGGCGAUCGAGAUCGAUUCGUGCUCAGCGUGAGCUCAAGGGUUUUGGAAGGUGCGAAUUUUGACCGCGAAAUGGCUCUCGCGAUAAGGCGCGGCGUGGCGCGUGUUUGGUUAUGGGACGGUGCAGGCGACGCGCCGAGGAAUGUGGUGGACGGCAUUGUGGAAUAUCUGGUCGAAAUUUGUGAUGACGCGGCGGCGCCGGAGGUGCUCGAGCCACCCGCCGCCGCCGCCGCCGUGUGCUGGGACGACUCGAGCAACGCUAGAUCGGUGGCGGAAUUGUUGCGGCGAGGCGAGCGCCGCCGUCCCGGAUUCAUCGGGAGAUUGAACCGAGCCAUGAAGGAUGGGUGGAGCGACGAGAAGUUGGGCGGCGCGUUGGGCUUGCCGGUUGACAAAUUGUGUGCGGCUUCCGAGUCGUUGAGGUACAAGUCUUCCAGCGUGUAGUACCACAGAAUAUAUGUUUUAUUUUAUUCUUUUUUUUGAGGUAAGCAGUGCCUCGAGGUGGUUAUCCACAAUUCCACAUGUACAUUUGUCGUGAUCGUCUACAGCUGGCGUAAUGCACCCGAAAAAAAAUGUGGGAAAUUAUUGGAAGGUGUAGAUAAGAUCGAUGGUUAAGAUUUGAUGUUGAAUUAUGUAUUUUUGAUCUGUAAGUUUGACUCCCCAAGAUGCACGGGAGUAUGCGUAUCGGUAUCAACAUUUCCGAUUUAAUUGUGUAAUAAAUUUAUUAUUAAUCUAAUAAAAUAACAUAUUGUAUUCUUGUA